AUGAGCAGAAAUAACUUCAUUGUGGCUGUGCUGAAGUUUGGGAGUUUGGAAGGACACAUCCAGCUGAAAGUCAUUGCUAUUGAUGAACAGCUGAGAGUCAUUUAUGAGGAUAAUGUUCGUUUUGAUAAGGACCUUCCAGAAUUUAAGACUCAAGGUGGAGUCUAUAUUCACAGUGACAGACUGACAGUGACUUCUCCUGUGCUAAUGUGGGUCAAGGCUCUGGAUAUGAUUUUGGAAAAGAUGAAGUCUUCAGGCUUUAACUUCUCUCAAGUCAGAGCUUUGUCUGGUGCUGGCCAGCAACAUGGGAGUGUGUACUGGAAAAAAGGAAGCAUCCAAAUUUUAAAGAAUGUGUCACCCGAACUGCCUUUACAUCAGUCACUAAAGGCUUGUUUUUCGGUCAGUAACAGCCCCAUCUGGAUGGAUUCUAGCACAGCUUCCCAGUGCAGCACUCUGGAGAAAGCCGUGGGGGGAGCCCAGCACCUAGCGAGUAUCACUGGUUCUCGAGCCUAUGAGCGUUUUACAGGAAACCAGAUAGCAAAGAUUUACAGCCAGAAUCCUGAGGUCUACGUGCAAACUGAGAGAAUCUCUUUGGUUAGUAGUUUUGCAGCUUCCCUUUUCCGAGGAGCUUACGCGCCCAUCGAUUACAGUGAUGGUUCUGGUAUGAACUUGCUGCAGAUUUGGGAAAAGGUAUGGUCAGUGUCUUGCCUUGAUGCCUGUGCACCUGGAUUAGAGGAGAAACUAGGAUGCCCUGUACCAUCCUAUUCAGUCCUG